UGAAACCAACUAAAUAAAUCAGAUAUUUUAAAAAGAUGACUAGGUGUGUAUAUAUCUUGUUGAUAUUCGUUUUAACAUUUUCUUGCGACUUUGUGUAUACUUUGCAAUGCUAUACAUGCAUGGAGAAAUUGAGAGGUAAUUGUUACUAUGGCUACACAGAAAACAUGAAAACAUUAAACUGUUCUGAAAGCACCGUAUGUGUCACAUAUCAGUCUGAAACUACUCAAGGAUCUCAUUCAUAUGUAUCAACAACGAGAGGAUGCGAAAAUCGGGAUAUAUGCAAUAUCAUCAAUGAAAAUAAACCCAGCACAUCCAAAUCAGUUUCUGUUCUAUGUGAAACCUGUAAUACAACUCUUUGUAACAGAGCUUUCAUUAAAUCCUCAUAUCUUAUAAUUAUAGUAUUAUGCAUAAGCUUGGCUAGUAUAUAAUAAGGAUACAA